CUAAAAAUCAUCCUUUACCAGGUCAGAGAAAUAUGCUGAAGCUAGAGACAUUGCUGGAAGAUGGACUUAGAUCAGAAUUAAUGCUUCAGCAGCAGCUGAAAUCCCUGAGUCAGGACCUCAGGCAGCAGCUGCAGGAGACAGAAAAGAGACAAAAAGAGGAGCUUGAGAGGAGGAUUCAUCAGAACUCUCUACUGUCAGUGGAUGUAGACAGAGAGUCCAGUGAUAGAAAUCAACUGAAACAUCAGGCCAGACAUAUGGGGAUGAGGAGCUCCACCUCUACAUCUUCCCUCACCUCAGACAAAGAGACUUUGCCCCAUCUCAGACAGAUAGCGAGGCCUAAGUCAUCUUCUCCAGCCUUGGUAACUUCAAACUGGAAAAAUUGUUCAGUCAAGGCUUCCACGCUGACUCCUGCCAGGACUCAACAGUGUGAACGGUUAGCUUUAUCUAAAACAACAGAGGUAAGCAAAGAGGAGGAGGCCAAGGCUGAGUGUCAAAGGAAGUUCCACGCUCUCCCAGUGCCCAGCCGUGUCAUUCAGCCCAUCUAUGUGGAGAUGAUGGAGUUGAGAGAAAAGGAGAGAAAGCAGGGCUGCGAGCAGAGGAGGGACUUCUUGCUCUCUAUUCAAAGACCUUUCAGCUUCCAGGAGAGAAAAAGGGAGAAAAGGGAGAAGCUUACAGCGAUGAUAAACCAAGUCUCACAUGAUCAGAAAAACAAGGCUGCUACUGUCAGGAAACCUCCUCAAAAAGAGGUAAAAGACUCGCCAGCGUCUGAGCUGAAAGACCAGGAGCUUUUGCAGACAAGGUCAUACUCAGACAAGAAUCCUGCUGUGUCGGGCAGCCCGAAACUUCGGACUGCCGAGCGCACCAGGAAAGAAAAGUUGGGUUUCCUGUAUGAGAAACCUAGCUUCCAGCCAAAAAUCAUCCAGCAUGUCCCUGAUUUCAGCAGGCUGCACAAAGCUUUGCAGACAGAGGCUCUUAGAAAAACACAGAGUAAAGAUGUGAUCACAUGUCAGCCCUUCCAUCUGAGGACAUCAGCGCUCCCUGCAAGGCAAAGUAGGAUGAGCCCUGAAAACGCACAGGUACCACAAAUAAGUAAUCUCAGCAGAAGCAAGUCCCUUGGGGCCUUAACAUCACUGUCUGCAGACACACUCCCGACAUACAUCACAGAUGCUGCACGGAAGCGCUGUAUGGCCAUCAGAAAGUCAAUGGAGAUGAGGGAUAGCAAGAAUCAAGAGAGCGUUGACUGGUUGAAGAAGUACCAACUGAGGUCCCAGGCCAUGAAGAAGACAGUCACACUCCAUGCGAAGUUGCUGGACCCACACAGCAGCUUGGAAGAAGUGUGUAAUGAAAAAUUAAAGCACCAUCGGGAAGCUGACCAACAAAGGAUGAAAGAAUACAUGAGAGAGUUACGGUACAUGAAGGCACGAGUUAGCGAACGCCCUUAUUUGUUCGAACGGGUGAAACAGAAAAAUGCAAAGUCUUACGCCGAGCAGACAUACAGGAACAAGCUGAAGAAAGCAGGCCUGAAAGAGCUAUUUGUUGAAGAAAUUGGAGAAGGAGUUGAAGGAACAUCAUACAGAUCCGAGGAGGAUACAGACGAGAACCACAGCUGUGAGAACGAUAUUCACAGCAUUUAUGCAGAGGAAGAAAAUGUAGACGACGGGGAGAAAAUUGAAGAUGUGGAAGAGAAGAGCGUGAAGUCCAAAGAGGAAGAAAUGCCAUGAUCAAAAAGGUUCAGGCGGCAGAGUUUUUUAUGGCCUCUCCGCUAGAAAACAACACUGUCCUCUAAAAUGAUUCAUGUCAUGGCUAACUAUCCGCACCAAGCAUUUGAUAGUUUAAGAUGUGAAACGAAAAAUUAUGAAAUGACAAAACAUCUGGACUUUACAAUCACAAAUGUUAGGGAUUACAACUGGGAGAAGGUUUAUAGAACUGUAUUUGUACAUAAGUCAUGGAAAUAGGUUAUCUUGUAUAUGCUUUGAGGAUAUAUCUAUAUAGUCUACAUGAAAAGUAAAUAAUAAAAAUGAAAAUAAAAAAAAAUACUUAAUUUUGCUAAGGAAUAUGAACACUGUAAUGUAGACGAUGAUGGCCACUUGGUCACCAGAAGCAACAGUUAAAAAACAAAAUGAGGACACCAGUUGAUUCCACUGUGUCUGUAACAUUAAUUUGUGAUUUGCACUCUAAAUCAAUCUUCCAAUAGCCAUUAAAACAAUUAUUAUACGAUGACA